AUGCAACCACAGCAACCACAGUUCCAACAACAACUACAGUUCCACGAACCACAACUACAGUUCCAGCAAGCACAUCUACAGUUCCAGCAACCACAACUACAGUUCCAACUACAACCACAACUACCAUGGUUCCAACUAGAGCAACCACACUUCCAACCACAACAACUACAGACUUCAAUCUACAACCGCCACUGGUCCAACCACAGCAACGACAGUUCCAGCAACCACAACUACAGUUCCAGCUACCACAACAGCCACUGUUCCAUUCACAACAACUACAGUUCCAACCACUACAACUACAGUUCCAACUACAGCCACAACCACCAUGGUUCCAACAUCAACAACUACAUCGACAACUACAACAACUACAGUUCCAGCAACCACAACUACAGUUCCAGCAAGCACAUCUACAGUUCCAACUACAACCACAACUACCAUGGUUCCAACUAG